AUGGACAUGAUGGAGUCGAUGAUUCACCCUGCCUUGGGCUCAGAGGCGCACAAGUACAGGCGAGAUAUGCAGAUCUCCAUCCCGGAGGAUCAGGAUGAGCACGUCUACCCCCCCGAGGCGGUACAGGUGCGCAACACCUUCAUCCACGUUGCCACACCAGACCACGGAUUGGAUGAUGCUUCGAAGCACGUUUACUCCUGUCCUGCAAGCCACAUGGGGUGGAUCACGAAGCUCUUUGAGGAUGAGGACGACCUCCCCACCGGUAGCAACAAGCCCGUGAUUUGCCUCGAG